AGGUGAACGGCUUUCGCGAUGUCGUUAGCAUCAAUGCUGUGUAGACUUUCGCUCGUCGCCGCCCUUUCGUCGACACCGGCGAUGGCGUCCGGCGUGGAGAUCCACGGCGACGCCGGGUUCGCGGCGUCCCGGCGCCUCUUGGACGGUCUUGUGCAGGGCAAUGAAAUCGACGUCGAGGACCGGAUCAGGGCUCAACUGGCUCGCGACAUCGUCGACGAGUGCAAGGGGAAAAUCCUCGUCAGCAGCGGGGAAAUCAGUCGACAGCCCAAGAAUAAGCGUCCCUUCUACCUCAAGUUCUUUGAAGAGUGUCUGUACUUGAAACUGAGUCGGAUGGUGUGCCCACCACCUCUGUCCAACAGUGAAAGUCCGGAUCCCAGUCUGAAGAAGAAACUGGAAAAGAUCGACACUCAACUGGGUCGACACGAUUCGUCCGAGUUAUUGGUGUCCCCCAGCGACGAAGUUUACAGAGGUUUGAGUGAAGAAGACUUCAAGUUGGAGAAGUUUUUAAUGCAUUGUUUCUAA